AAAAACUCCAUUACUGUGUUGAGAUAGAACUCAGAGAAGAGAAAAUCUCUGGAGCUGCUAUUAAAGAAACAGAGAGACGGUGUGAUCCAAGAAUGGAUAAAGUGAAGCGAGUUUCUUGGGUGUUUUCAUGGAGGCAUUUGCUGCUCUUGUCGCUUACACUGAAUGUGAGUUUACUCAGUAGAUUUAUAUACGAGCGAGGAAUCGAAAUAGAAACUGAUCAUCAUCAGAGACUUCACCAAGAACUGUGUUUCCAGAAGGAGGUGAACACGAGAGAGGCGGCUAUGUGUGGCGUUUCAGAGCAGGAGGCGCAAGUUAGCAGAAGCAGCACCAGUUCAAGUUCGCGCGCACAGGCGGCAGACGGCGGGAAACAGGUUAUAAACCUAGAUCAUGGGGAUCCGACGAUGUUCGAAGAAUACUGGAGAAGGACGGGAGAGAAGAGCAAGAUCGUGAUAAGAGGUUGGGAUUCAAUGAGUUACUUCUCGGAGUUGAAUAACCUGUGCUGGUUCCUGGAGCCAGAAUUCGCCAAACAGAUUACCAGAUUCCACCGAUCGGUCGGGAAUGCCGUGACCCAUGAUCGUCACAUCGUGGUGGGGACGGGUUCCACCCAGCUAUUCCAAGCUGCACUUUAUGCUAUUUCUCUUCUUCCUCCUCAUGCGUCUCCUCAGAAGCCCAUCAGCGUUGUCUCCGCUAUUCCCUACUACUCGCCAUACCCAUCAUUGACAGACUACUUGAAGUCAGGACUCUAUAAAUGGGACGGAGACGCUUAUAAUUUCACUAAAGAUGAACCUUACAUAGAACUUGUUACUUCUCCGAACAACCCUGAUGGCUUUAUAAGACAACCAGUGGUUAACAGGAGUAGAGGGACAGUGGUAUAUGACCUUGCUUACUAUUGGCCACAAUACACUCCAAUUACAACUUCUGCAGAUCAUGACCUCAUGCUUUUCACCUUCUCCAAAAUCACUGGCCAUGCCGGGACACGCAUUGGGUGGGCUCUUGUCAAGGAUAAGGAGGUGGCCAAAAAGAUGACUGAAUUUAUAGUACUCAAUACCAUAGGUGUAUCAAAGGACUCUCAACUCCGGGCUGCAAAAAUCCUCCAAGUAAUAUCAGAUAGUAAUGAACAUAUGGGCUUUCCUGAGGAUUCCGAUAGCUUCUUCUUGUAUGCUUACCAUCAGAUGACUCAGAGAUGGGAACGGCUGAGAGAUGUAGUCAGACGCAGUGGUCUGUUCAGUCUUCCUGAGUUCUCACCACAAUUCUGCAACUAUAUUGGUGGAUUCACUGAACCCCAUCCUGCUUUUGCAUGGUUGAAAUGUGAGGGGGAUAUAGAAGACUGUGAAAGCUUUCUAAGAGAGCAUAAAAUCAUCACGAGAGGUGGGAGACACUUCGGUAUGGAGGCAAAGUAUGUCAGGAUUAGCAUGUUGGAUCGAGAUGAGAAAUUUAAUCUCUUUGUGGAGAGGUUGUCAAACAUCAGUUUAUGACAAGGUCUUAAUAGAUUUGAGAAUGAGGAUAUGGGUUAAAUCGAAGAUCAGAGCCUGAUUGUUGUGCUUGGGUCCUUCACGAUCUGAAGGAAGCAUCAAACUGUCUUGGGAAAAAGGUUAUGAA